ACGGAAUCCGGAAGCGUUUCCGACCCAGCGGCGGCUGCUCUUCAUUCAGGCGGCUGCGUUGGAAAUUCGUCCCUCUUCAGCCCCUCGUUGCUUUCUGGUUAUCUAUAUAUUCGUGUUUAGGUCGGCAAACGGAGCGGAACCAUGGCAGGUCGGCUCCCGGCUUGUGUUGUUGACUGUGGCACCGGGUACACGAAGCUUGGAUAUGCAGGAAACACAGAACCGCAGUUUAUCAUACCUUCUUGUAUUGCGAUCAAAGAGUCUGCUAAGGUGGGUGACCAGGCGCAGCGCAGGAUGAUGAAGGGCGUCGAUGAUCUGGAUUUCUACAUCGGAGACGAAGCCAUCGACAAACCUUCGUACGCAACAAAGUGGCCCAUCCGUCACGGCAUAGUGGAGGACUGGGACCUGAUGGAGAGGUUCAUGGAGCAGGUCAUCUUCAAGUAUCUGCGGGCAGAGCCUGAAGAUCACUACUUCCUCCUGACUGAGCCUCCGCUUAACACACCUGAGAACAGGGAGUACACGGCCGAAAUCAUGUUCGAGUCCUUCAACGUUCCGGGCCUCUACAUCGCUGUUCAGGCCGUCCUGGCACUGGCUGCCUCCUGGACGUCCCGGCUGGUUGGAGAGCGGACGCUGACAGGAACCGUUAUCGACAGCGGCGACGGCGUGACGCACGUCAUCCCGGUGGCUGAAGGCUACGUCAUCGGGAGCUGCAUCAAGCACAUCCCCAUCGCUGGACGGGACAUCACCUACUUCACCCAACAGCUGCUGAGGGAGCGAGAGGUGGGGAUUCCUCCGGAGCAGUCGCUGGAGACGGCCAAGGCUGUGAAGGAGCGGUUCAGCUACGUCUGCCCCGACCUCGUCAAGGAAUUUAACAAAUACGACACCGACGCCUCCAAGUGGAUCAAACAGUACACGGGCGUGAACGCCAUCACCAAGAAGGAGUUCACCAUCGACGUGGGAUACGAGCGCUUCCUCGGCCCCGAGAUCUUCUUCCACCCAGAGUUUGCAAACCCAGACUUCACCCAGCCCAUCUCAGAGGUGGUGGACGAAGUCAUCCAGAACUGCCCCAUUGAUGUCAGACGUCCUCUUUAUAAGAACGUGGUGCUCUCUGGAGGCUCCACCAUGUUCAGGGACUUCGGCAGACGCCUACAGAGAGACCUGAAGAGGUCCGUAGACGCCCGGCUGAAAAUCAGCGAGGAGCUCAGUGGCGGCAAGUUAAAGCCGAAGCCCAUCGACGUUCAAGUCGUCACUCACCACAUGCAGAGGUACGCCGUGUGGUUCGGAGGAUCAAUGUUGGCAUCAACCCCGGAGUUCUACCAGGUGUGCCACACCAAGAAGGACUACGAGGAGAUCGGGCCGAGCAUCUGCCGCCACAACCCAGUAUUUGGAGUCAUGUCUUAGGCGAGUUUAGGAGAAGCCAGGAGAAAUAAGUAAAUAAAUACAUGGAGAAAGAGCCGACUGAUCCGAACUAAGCGGGAAUGGACCAAACGAGCUUCCUGAAAAGCAGCAAACAUUAGAGGAAAAAGAGGCGACUCAUCCUGAAGAAUGAAAAAAAAAAAAAACCAGCUAAAAAGAAGUGAAUCAUUAAUUUCUGCGUAUCUCCUCACAGGGUUGUAAUUAAUCGACAUGAGUCCUGUAAAAACACACCUCUCUGGGUAUGUGGGCUGGUUUCUUUGCUCUGUUUUGUACUCUCUCGGGGUUGUCAUGGGAACAUUUUCUUAAAACUUCAUUGUAUCAAACACCUGAAACCAUUCCUGUUUUUUCAUUUUUAUUCAUCUCUUUAAAAAAGGUAAAGAUAAUCAGAAAUGUGCAUCUUUUUUUCUAUUAGCAUUAUUCACCUGUUGCAGAAGAAAAAAGCUGUAAUAAUAUAUGAACAUGCAGUUUGACUGUUUUUGGACCUUCACUGUUGCCUAGAUGUCAGUAAUACUGGACAGCCUUGUUCUGGAUUUUCCAAAUCAUGUGGCAUUCUAAUAAAUGCCAAGCAGGUGUUUAUAA